UAGUGUACACGUUGCUAGGCAACCAGAGCCUAGCAAGCUACAGGCUGGCGGUAGCUGGAGCUUAACACGACUGUUAGCUCAUUUCUGCUGCUUGCGCUUACAACACUGCACCAAAAUGCCGUUCGCCGCCGAGAGAAAGAAACUUCCGCCUCAUGACCAAAUAACGGAGCUUCAGCGUAAAAUCCAACUUCUAGAUGGCGACAAAACUGCAUUUUAUGAGAGCUCCCAGUCUGCCAUGAAGAAGAACCGAGAGUCCAUCCUCCAGCUGAGGCAGGACAACAAGAGGUUAUACAGAAAAGUGGCAGAAGCUAAAGCUGGUGACGAACACAUCAUCAGGGUGGCUUUUCAAAACAAAGGUUUGAAGCAGGAUGCUUUCCACAACAUGUCAGGAAAGGCAGCCCUCACAGCAGUAGACCAAAAGGUGCUGUCCAAAACCAAGCGUCUGAAUGCUUCAAAACACACCACACGAACCUACCAACAGCGUCUUGAUGAACUGAAGAGGGAAUAUGAAAGAAUAAAACCAGAAGGAGGAAGUGGAGCGGUGUCCUCUAGUGCUUGGGAGCGUAAAAAAGAGGAAGAUGUCAUGAAUCUGCACGCAUUGGAGAAUCGUCUGGAGAAAACCCAGUUCAAGAGCAAAGAGGCUGAAAACAUCACAAGUUACUAUCAAAAACUCAAAACACAACUGCAGGAUGAGAGUCUGACCUUCCAGGGCCAGCUGGACAGCUUGGAAGCAGAAAUCCUGAAGUACAGAGAGGAGCUUCACAGCCUGCAGGUCAUGAGGGACGACGCUCAGCUCUCUGAAGAAGCUGCAAAGGCCGCGUUCCAGCAGCAGGACGAACUGCUGUCCAGAGAGCGUAAGGAGAGGGAGAGAGCAAUAACAAGUUACAGGAAAAUAGUUGAAGAGCACAAGGCAGAGACUGGAGAAACUGAAAGAAGUGUGAAGAGAACACCUCUGCAGCCAGAUGAGCUGAGCAGCGAGGCCCAGCACAGCACCACUAGGAUCCCCGCUGAGGAGGAGAAGGCCUUUUCUGCUCUGGAGGAGGCCUUCGAACGCAUCAAGGAGACCACCGGAGCCACGGACGUGCAGGAGAUAGUGAAGCGCUUCACCUCACAAAAGGAGAUGCAUGAACAUCUGGAGAAGCUGAAGAAAGAGAACGAGGAGGCCCUGCUGCAGCUGAAGGAGCAGAGGGAGCUUCUGAUCCAGCGGUUUGAAGAGGAGGAGUAUUCUGGAGAUGCUAAGCUGUCAUGUGAGCAGCAGAAGCUGGAGGAGGCCGAGCUUCAGCUUCAGGCUCACCAGCAGAGGUGUGACUCUGCCAGGGAGCGGCUGGACUGGCUCACAACAACCCUCAGUACCGUUACAGCAGGAGUGGAGCACCUGGCAGAGAAACUGCAGCACAUCACUCUGAGCGCGGGCAGAGUUACUGCGCAGCAGCCAGACUCGGAGGAGGCUGUGCUGGCGCUUCUGGCCCAGUGCGAGCUACAGCUGCAGCUGCUGCAGAAGGAGUUUGAGGGGAAAGAUCUGACUGCUAUCAUGAAGGAGAUGGGAGAAGACGAGUUUUACAUCCGGAUCGAGGAGAAUCUGCCUGAAUACAACACCAGAGUCAGACUACCUGAGGCCCAACCGCUGGAGCUCUCCGAUGACGCAGCUAAAAGGAGCGAUGAAGACGAGCCGGGCGUCCUCUCACGUGAGGUUUUGAAGCGUCAGUCUCAGCUGAUUGUUGAUUCCAACUUGAAGAAGAAGACUUGGAAAAGGAAGAAGAGCAAGUUCUGGCCCAAAGAGGAGAUCUAGAGUCAGGAACAAGAUUCAGCUUGUGGAGAAAAGGACCCUGAUAUCAUUUUAAACUUGUAGUCUUAGAAAUGUUGGAAAGAUUUUUUUGUGUCUUAACUUCAUGUCUCUGUUUGUUUUGUCAACAUUAACAUUCUUCAUCACGUGUUGCAUCAACACAGCUUUUGUCACCUUGUUUUUUCCCACCCAGUGUUUCACCAACUGCCUCUCAGGUUUCAAUAAAAAGGAUCAGAACAUC